UUUCGAACGCGUGUUGAACUCCCGCGUUUUUGGAAUCUGUCAAAUUAAAAGUUCUUGAAUGUGUUGAAAUGAGUUGUGUUAUUUAUUUAUUUAACGAAUCUUUUAGUGAUUUUUGAAUAUAUUUGUAUAUUUCAUAGUUUAAAUAAUAAUUUGUUUUCUUAUUAUAUCAUACAUCAUAUUAUCAUACAUCAUAUCAUCAUGAAAAAUAGUAAAUCGCCAGAAAAUAUAGAAGUAACUCCCUCGAAAAAGAAAUUAAAGCAAGCUCGUCUCCCUUUUAAGUUGAUAAGUGAAACUUCACCGUCACCUGUUCCUCCUCAAACAAGGAAAAGAAAACUUUCAACGCCUGAUCCUGAAUCUGUCACAAAGAUCGGUAAAAUAAGUAACGAAAAUGACUUAGUAGAUAACUUGGUCGUCAUUAGUGAUGAUGAUUCUAAAGACCAACAAGUGUGUCCAGAAAUAGAGAAACCUAUAAAUCCUUAUGUUAAAUUAGUCGACACUGUUUUUAAGAAAAAGCAACUUCAAAAGUCAAAAAAGAAGAAAGCACUGAAAAAAAGAAUAUCAAAAGAUUUGAAUGUAUCUGUAGAAUGCAAUGAGAAUGAUAUUUCUAUCAACAAAAGUAGUGGUGAUGAAGUCAUGGAGGUAGAUUUACAGCAUGAUAAUGUAACUGAAACUGUUGAGAAGGAAUCACAUGUCAAGGAAGACAACAGCGGACCAGACUGUAAACAAAGUCCUAUAAAAAUAGAUAUAAAUAUAUCAAAAGACACAUGUUCUUCAUCUAAAAAUGUUGACACUUCUAAAAAAGAUCAACUGGAAACUAUAAAUUUAGAAGAUGAAUGUGAUUCUAAUGUUGAAGUUAGUAAAAAAUACCAAAAUAAACAAAUUAUAAAUGUUGAUAUUGAGGCAACAAUAAAAUCUACUUGUGAUACUCAAAAUGAAGAAAUGAGUAAAAAUGAGGAAACUGAGCAAUCUUUGAUUGAGAAAAAAAUAACAAAUGACAAAGAAGCUUCAAAGAGGAGUACUAGAAAUAAAGUAGAUGAACAUAAUCAAAGUAAAACGAGCAAUAACUUUAAUGAAACACUAAAUUCAAACCCUACUACUCCAAAACAUAAUAGGAGUUCUUCAGCAAAUAGUCAUGGAAAUGAAUCUCUAAAUGAAUCAACUACAAAUUUAACUCCUAAACAGCUUCAGAAAAAAAUGGAAUCGGCUAAAAAGAAAGAAGAAAGGGAAAAAGAAAAACUAGAAAGAGAGCGAAAGAGGCAACAAGAAAAAGAUGAGAAAGCAAAAUUAAGACAAGAAAAGGAGGAACAAAAGAAAAAAGAAAGAGAAGAAAAGGAAGAAGCAAAAAGGAAAGAAAAGGAAGAAAAAGAAGAGCAAAAAAGAAAAGAAAGAGAAGAAAAGGAGAAACAGAAGGAAUUGGAACGAAAAUUAAAAGAGGAAAAAGAAGACCAAAAACGGAAAGAAAAAGAAGAAAAGGAAGAACAAAAAAGGAAGGAAAAAGAAGCAAGAGAGGAAGAAAAGCGAAAGAAACAAGAAGCUUUGGAAUUGGAGAAACAAGAACAAGAAUUAAAGAAAAAGAAAGCUGCAGAGGCUUUUGUAAACUUCUUUGUUCCUAAACAAAAAAUUGAAAAAGACCAAAAUAUUGUUGAUCUCAUAAGUAAAAGUAGUGUACUUUCAAGCUUUACAAUUAAAGCUGAUAUGAGAUUGGCUCCUAUUGUUAGAACCAACUUAGAUGAAAGUAAACGGCAAGAGCUAGAUACUUUUUUGGAAAAACAAGACAAAGAAUUAUCAGCAUUAUAUUUGAAGGAACUUAGAAGUGGUAUCUCUAAACCACUUUCAAGUGGAAAGACAUGGCCACUUGAUGAUAAAGAUGAUGAUGUCAUGAUAAUUGAAGACGAGUUACCUCCUCUUAGUGGUACAGGAGAGGUUAUUACAUGUGACAGUGCUAUAAGGGAGAAACUCCGUCCGAAACUGUUAAGCUUCCAUGAGAAUAGGCGUCCACCAUACUGGGGCACAUGGAGAAAAAAGAGCACAGCUGUUAAACCUAGAAGACCUUUUGGCCAGGAUGAGAAACAAUUGGACUAUGAAGUGGAUAGUGAUGAAGAAUGGGAAGAAGAGCAAGAAGGCGAAAGUAUUGAUGGUAGUGCUGCCGGUAGUGAUGAUGAACAGGAUGCUGACGAGUAUGAGGUUGACAAUGAAGUUUUUGUGCCACAUGGAUACCUUAGUGAUGAGGAAGCCACAAUGGACGAAGAUGAUGUAUUGUCACUAUCCCCUGAAGCACAACAAGCUAGAUUGAAACAUUUAGAGGAUGAAUUUGAAUCUGAAAUGAGGAAACCAACUGAAAAAUUAAAACCAAGAUUGUAUGGGUUAUUGUGGGAAACAAGUGAUGGUGGAAAACCUGAGCACUGUGUGGAUGCUCUAUGGAAUUAUUUUGGGAAAUUAUCCAUGAUUAUGAAUGAUCCAACAUCACUAUUAACAUCUUCAAUCGAACCAGAGGAAUCUGAGAAGAAAAAAGUUAAAAAGAAGAAGCUACCAGAACUAGAAAAUCAAAGUCCAAAAAGUGAUAAAAAGAAGAAGGAAAAGAAAGAAAAAGAAUCUAAACCUAAAGGAGAUAUCAAGAAAAACACACCAGAGGUUAAGAAAAAUCAACCCGGUAUAAAUUCAUUUUUAACUAAAAUUAAAUCUUAAAUUUUUUUAUUAAACAUUUAAAAAUUAUUUUAUAUAAAUGGUGCAAGUUAUUAGUGUCAUGAUAAUUAUUAAUAUUUAAAUAGGUACAUACCUAUACACCUAUAUGCCUGUAUUUUAAUUUCUUAACUCUGUUUUAGUUAUCUAUAUGUUGAUGUUAGUUAAAUUAUAAAAAGCACAGAUUUUUAAGUGUAAAAUUACAAUAAUCUCUAUGUAUUUAUGUACCAGUGGAACCAUAAAGCAUAGUUGAGCUAAAGUUUUGCAUAAAAUCUCUGUGAUUUAUGUAUCAUAAGAAAGAUUUUUAAGUAAAGGAGAAAAAGUAUUUCACUCAAGUGAAGCCUUGGUUUCCUUGUAACAUAUUUCAAUCUGUAUUUGUCGCAGUAUAGAUGUUUAAUAACAUCUAAUCUAUGUCUAAACUUUCCAACAAUUUUAGCUAAAGUGUAGUAUAAACCGUAAUAUUGGUACCAGACUUAUGUAUAUUUACCUAUUUUAAUUGAAAAAUGUUAUUAAGUUCAUUGUAAUCAUAAUGAUGAUGAGUCGUGUGAUUUUGACUGAGAUAUAAUUUGUGUAAAUAUCAGAUGUUCACUUCUUUUAAGUCUAGUAAAUUACUAUAAUAAUUAUUAUUAUUCAAUAAAUAAAAUAUUUGCUUCU